AUGUCCUUCCGGCGCACCACGUCUUCCUUGAUGGAAGAACGGACACGAUCCCAUGGCAACUUCAGCGACACGGAGUCGUCUCUGGCCAGCAUCUCCACCAACCAAGUCCGGGCGUCGCGCAAAGAGCACAAGCUGACUCACCUCCUGUCGUACCUCGGCUCCAACAACCCGCUCCCAGCAUCCAUCGAGGCCGACGACGUGAUCUGGCUGAUGGACAACGUCGCAUUCCGGGGCCGCGGGGGCGAGUGGGAGGCUGAAUUCGUCGCGGCGGGAUUCGACGAGAAGGCGUCGCCCAAGGUGGUCGACAUCGUGGGCGACAUCGCCAGCAAGGUCGGGCUGUCCCGCGGCGGUGCGGAGGAGAAGACGAUCGAGCGGCGCAUCUCGCCGUUUGUCAUGGAGGUCCUGCCCGGCAGGCAGAUCAAAGUCAACUACGAUGGCGCCACCUCGGUCAAGCUUGGCCCGGGAGGCAGGAACGGCAUCAGCAGCAAUGUGAUUAGGAUUCCGAAGGCAGCUGCCGGGGGUGUUGCGAGGACGACGGCCGACGUGCCUAUGGGGGUGACGGGCGUGCUCGAGAUGAAGACGGUGUACGCGGAGCCAGAGGGCUGGGCGGUGAUCUCAGAUGUGGACGACACAAUCAAGAUCACCCAGACCAGCGAUCCCGUCGGGAUUCUCAAAUCGACAUUCGUGUCGGAACCCACACCAGUACCAGGCAUGCCGGCGCUCUACGCACGUAUCCAGGAGCUACUGACGCCGUCGGCGCCCUUCUUCUACCUCUCAGCCUCUCCUUACAACUUGUAUCCUUUCCUCCGUACCUUCCGGGACGCCCACUUCCCUCAUGGGCAGUUGAUCCUCAGGGACUCCAGCUGGAUGACAAUCUCUGGGCUCCUGUCCAGCCUGACGCUGGGGACCGAGAAGUACAAAAUUGAUAGAAUCAAAAAGAUCCACCGAUGGUUGCCGCGGCGCAACAUGAUUUUCAUCGGAGACUCGACGCAGAGCGACCCCGAGGCUUACGGCGAUGCCUGCAGGGCGUUCCCGGGCUGGGCCAAGUUGGUUUUGAUCCGAAAGGUGACGGACAUUGCUGCAGUCGGCAUCGAGGAGAAGAACGAGCCGCAGCGAUUCGAAAAGGCCUUCGAGGGCGUGCCUCGGUAA